UUCAAACCUCUCAAAACACGUGCUUCGUGACCAUGGAAACCGUUGAGUUUGUUUGAUCGUUUCAGUUUUUGAAGGAAACACGCGUAGCAUGCCAGUGAUUUUGAAGCAGGUUUCCUGGAGUCAGGAAGCGGACCAGGUUACGAUUCGGGUUCAAUUUCCGGAAAAUUAUCUGCGCCCGGAGGAGGUCUUUACGAGUGAGCAGUUUUUGAAGAUCAACAAGCCACCGUAUUACUGGGAGGCCUUGCUGGCCAACCCGAUUUUAGAUCGGGAAAGUCGAUGCGCGAUUCUGGAAAAUGAGGUCGUUUUCAACCUUCGGAAGAAGGAACCAGGUUUGGAGUGGACCCUGCUGGAACUGGACGUUCCGAGGGGGGAACGUGUCCGGUUGAAGGAGGAACUGCUGGCCGCGCACCAGAAACGGCUGGAGGAAGAAUCGAAGCAACGAUUGGUCGAAAAGGACCAGAAAAAGAAGGAGGAAAUUUCACGCCAGAUCGAGCGGGACGGAAAUGACCGCACCGCCAUCGAGAACCUGCUCCAUGCUGCGAAGCAGCGUGAACUCGAGCGCAUGGCAGAGGUGAAGAGAAAGGACACUCCCCGACCGAAGGCUCCUCCCCCGAAGAAAGAAGCUCCUCCCCCUUCGGCCGUCAAAAAACCCGCCCCGGCACCACUUCCGGCGAUUCGACAAAGCGCCACCCUGCAAGUGUCCUUCACCGAGCGGAACUUCGUGACGCCCUCGCGUGAAUCGCGCGAACCGGAAGAGCGUGACUGGAUCCAGAAGCAGUCCGCGGCCAAAAAGGCGAUCGGUUUCGUGGACGACGAUCUGCGGCCGGAGGAACGCAACCCGGAGUGGCUAAAGGCGAAGGGGGACUCGUUCUUCCAGCAGCAAAACUAUCUGGGCGCCAUUUCGGCGUACACGGCCGGCAUCCGGCUGACCGACAAGUACUACUCGCUGUUCCUGAACCGGUCGGCGGCGCAUUUUGCGCUGGAGAAUUAUCAACGUUGCGCAGAGGACUGCUCGGCGGCACUGGAGCUGCUCGUUCCGCCGAUCGAGGCCAACCGGAAGGCGCGCGUUUCCUGUUUGGCGAGGCGCGGAGCGGCCCUCGCCCGGAUGGGAUUCGUGCGGCAGGGCUACGAGGAAAUGGUGGCGGCCGCCCGGCUGGACCCGCAGAACGAUGCGCUUCGCAGGGACGCGGAACUGCUUGGGCGGAAGCUGGAGGAGGAGGGGUCAAGCGACGGGGAUUAGCGGGUUUGAAUAA